UGCUUUCAUCCAAAAACAAUAGAAACAAUCAUAGAAUUUGUAGUUAUAGUUUUAAUGGUUAUAAUGGGAAUUGUAUUGGUUUUAAUAGAAACUAUAAUGGUCCUCGUGGGUCUCUAGUGGAAAUUUGUUGCCUUCUACUGGUGGCAUGUUAUUUCUAGUGGAUACCAUUAAAGACCAAUAAUGGUAAUGCUCAUGGUUUUAAUGGUCAGCUGAUGGUUUGUAAUGGUAUUUGUAGUGGAAACCAUUAGAACUUCUGUGAUGGUUUCCAUUGUUUUUGUGGGGUUUUUUUUUUCUUCGUGUAUAGAGGAAUGACGAUGAACCCUCACUUGACUGCAAGAAUAUAUAGUUGAGUCGAUUUGAGACGCGCCCAAAGAGACUGACGCAACCCAGGAAAGUCCUGUCAGUGAAGGGCUGCUGAAGAAGCAGUAGCACGAGAGGGGAGGGGGCGUGUCCAGAGAGAUUGUUUUCAUAGGGACUCCGCAAUUGGCCGAACAGGGUUGAGCCUACGUGACGUCAGCACACACCUCCCGUUCAGAAAGCUAGGUUGAAACCCAAGCAGCCGGCAGGCAGGGAGGCUGAGGUAGAUUUUUCCACUACAACGCAGGAGUCAGUCAACCAUACAGCUUGUAUGUUUUAUAAACCCUUCGUCAUUUUAUCGUACAUAUUUUUUAUUCUGUUUUGGGGGGGGGAAGGGGGAAUCCAAAUUUAAAUUCAGAGGUCUGAGAGAGGAAUCUACAAAGCUUGAUAGAUACCUAAGCGAGCUAAUCUCCUGUUAGUUUCUGCCCGCUGUAGUUGCUGUUAGCUGGUAGAUGAAUUUAAUAUAUAUAUAUAUUUAACAUUAAAGCCGUUCAGACUGCCACCGUGUGAAGACUUUCGGGGAACAAUGAUGGACUUCGUCGCUGGCUGCAUAGGAGGUGCUGCUGGUGUUCUAAUAGGACAUCCUUUUGACACUGUAAAGGUCAGGCUUCAAGUGCAAAAUGCGCACAAGCCUCUGUACAGGGGAACCUUUCACUGUUUCCACUCAAUCAUACGGCAGGAAUCGAUUUUUGGUCUGUACAAAGGCAUUGGUUCUCCUAUGAUGGGCCUGACUUUCAUCAACGCCAUUGUCUUUGGUGUGCAAGGCAACACAAUGCGUCUGCUGGGAAAGGACACUCCUACAAACCAGUUCCUAGCAGGAGCAGCUGCUGGAACCAUCCAGUGUGUUAUUUGUUGUCCAGUGGAGCUGGCCAAGACGCGUAUGCAGAUGCAAGGUACUGGUGAAAAGAAGUCCACUCGCAAGGUGUACAAAAACUCGUUGGACUGCCUGGCCCGGAUAUACCAGCGUGAGGGCAUGCGGGGCGUCAACAGGGGCAUGGUGAGCACCCUCAUUCGUGAGACGCCUGCCUUCGGAGUGUACUUCCUGGUCUACGAUGUGCUCACGCGCUCAUUAGGCUGUGAGCCGGAUAACUCGUACAUGAUCCCUAAAUUAAUGUUCGCUGGUGGUAUGUCAGGCAUUGCGUCAUGGCUUUCUACAUAUCCUGUAGAUGUGAUUAAGUCCCGGCUGCAGGCAGAUGGUGUUGGAGGCAACUUCCAGUACAGCGGUAUCAUAGAUUGCACACGCAAGAGCUUGGAGCAAGAGGGAUGGCGUGUGUUCACGAGAGGCCUUACAUCAACUCUGCUCCGAGCUUUUCCCGUCAACGCAGCUACUUUCGCUACCGUAACACUCUUCCUCAUGUACGUACGGCGAGACGAAGCGCCCAAAGAUUGCGAAGCCGACCCACAGCACCAUGCUGCAUUACAACAGCAAGCACAGCCUACCAGCAUGUAACGGCGUCCGUUCUCAGCGUGUAUGCCGGAGCUGAGCCGCAUCUUCCUUCCCUCUGUAGAAAUAAUUAAUGCAGCAUAAAACUGCAUUUGCAUAUAUAUAUAUAUAUUUUUUUUUAUUUCAUGGUGUGAAGUAGAAGGGUUCUUAACAAAGGAUAUUUGACUGUAUGUACCUAUAAAAAUAUUUUUCUUCCUUAUAUGAAUACCAGUCGGUAAGAAUCUGACUUAAUACUACUGUCUAGAACAAGGGUGGGCAAUCUUAUCCGGAAAGCCCCGGUGUGGGUGCAGGUUUUCAUUCCAACCACGCAGAAACCACACCUGAUUCCACCCGUUUAAACAGUUGCUCAUGAAUUUCAGUAGAUUCAGGUGUGGCUUCUGCUUGGUUGGAAUGCAAACCUGCACCCACACCGACCCUUUCCGGAUAAGAUUGCGCACCCCCUGCUCUAGAACCACUGUCCUUCACACUGCGUAAGUGUGAGCACUGCUGCUGAUGCCGAUAUUGCACGAAGCAACAAAGAGGCAGCAACUACUGUAGUGAAAGAAAUCCACCACAUCCUGUUACUGAAUACAUUACCAUAAAUGGUAAUGAAUUAAAAUGUAAAAACUACUUCUUGAGGUAAAGUAGUUCAUAAAUAAAUGUGAAAUACAGAUGGAAAAGUGCACUUUAGUGUACAUUCUCACUCAUGAAAUCUUGCAGAAAUGUUUUUUUUUUUUUUUUUUAACAAGUAACUAGAACAUAGGCUUGUACAAUCCAAUGUCUCUUCUUUCCAUAGUUUAAAACUGCUAAUAAAUUUUCUCACGUUCCCAAAUUUCCAUUCUGUGUAUGUGCACUGAAACUACUCUAGUACUCCUGCUAGUUUAUAAGUAAUGAUACUUAAAAAAAAAAAAAAAAUAAUAAUGAUGUUAGAUUAGUUAGAAAUGACUACCUUUAGAAAAGGUAGAAAGCUGUAGAAACUCACCAUGAACCAGCUUCUGUGACUUCAUGCAUGUGAACGAGAAGGAUUUCUAAAGAAUCUGUCAUUAAGAAUCCGUAUCUUUUCCAUGUAACAAAUUGCACAGACUUUCUUUACUAUUCAAAAUGGAUGCAGGUUGUUUUUUUUGUUUUUUUUUUGUAUAUUCUGUAUUAUUUGUACUUGAGACUUCUGGUCUCUUUAGAUAACCAUGGUCACUGUGGUAACAACACAUUUUUUUUUUUUUUUCUUUCAAUCAGUACAACAUUAUGAUGCUCUGUUUUAGAAGAAAAUGUUUUGUCUGGUCUAACUGAAGUAUGAUGUUUGCCUCAGUACUACUGUCCAAAAGGAUUUUAUUUCUUACAUUGUGUAUAUACAUAACAAAUCCUUAUCCAAAGCUGUUGGAACUGUGUGCGUGAGUCAGUGGGAUUUGUAGGAGUGGAGAUGGUUCGAGACAAACUCGGACUUUCUGUUUGCAAUGUCUGUACUCGUAUUUAAACCCAGUUCUGGCAGCUCGUGGAACGUGCACUGUGGUGGGUUAUUUACAAAGUCUACUGUAAAGUGUGAACUCAUUCAUCAGGUCAUGACUUGUAUGCUGUACUUCGUGUACAAAUGAUGUAUUCCAUUAAAAUUUGAGUUUUGAAACGUGAAGAUCAAUCAGUUUUAUUCUAGCUGUGAGAAAUUUGAUUUUUAAAAAGUCUCGAUAUGGAGACAAAUCUGGUUAAAAAUUGUUGGUUUCGGAUUCAGUUUACACCUCUGUGUAAUUAGCCACUUCUUUGUAUAAGUUGCUGUUAAACGAGAUUUUGGUAGAAUUUAUUUUUAAAGAAACGGGUUGCUUACGGGAUUAAUAUCAUAUCAAGGUUUGUUUAUUUUAUUUCAUCCGGUGGUGGGAUUUAUUUAUAUUAUAUUAUAUUAUAUUAUUUAUUUAUUUAUUUGACACUAAGCGUUUUUUGUGCUUACUGAAUGGUAGAGCAGCUGA